ACAGCGCUGCGUUGGGAGCGCGCGACGAUCCCGGAAGCGCGAGGCCGACGGGCGGCGGGCCGGGGCCGCUCGGAGAGGCGAAGGAGCGCGAAGCUGCGGUGACGGCGGCGGCGGCUGCCCGCCUCCCCUCCCCCCCCACCUCCUCCUCGUCCUCCUCCCGCGCGGCGGCCAUGACGAACUUUAUCUCGGUGCAGCUGAAGAAGGCCUCGGAGGUGGACUUGGCCAAACCCCUGUGCAAGUUCAUUCAGCAGAGCUACCCGGGCGGCGACGCCCAGGCCGAGCACUGCCGCGCCGCCGAGGAGCUCAGCAAGCUGCGCAAGAGCGCGCUCGGCCGCCCGCUCGACAAGCACGAGAGCGCGCUCGAGACCCUCCUCAGAUACUAUGAUCAGCUGUGUUCAAUUGAACCAAAGUUUCCAUUCUCUGAAAAUCAGGUCUGUGUAACAUUUACAUGGAAAGAUGCUUUUGAUAAAGGAUCACUUUUUGGAGGAUCUGCCAAAUUGGCUCUGGCAAGUUUGGGGUAUGAGAAGACCUGUGUUUUGUUCAACUGUGGAGCAUUGGCAAGCCAGAUUGCAGCAGAACAGAAUCUGGAUAAUGAUGAAGGUCUAAAAGCUGCAGCGAAGCACUAUCAGUUUGCGAGUGGUGCUUUCCAACACAUUAAAGACACAGUUUUGUCAUCCUUGAAUCGAGAACCUACAGUUGACAUCUCUCCAGAUACAGUUGGAACUCUCAGUCUUAUUAUGUUGGCUCAAGCCCAAGAAGUCUUUUUUUUGAAAGCUACAAGAGAUAAAAUGAAAGAUGGUAUCAUAGCUAAACUAGCUAAUCAAGCUGCAGAUUACUAUGGUGAUGCUUACAAACAAUGUCAAUAUAAAGAUACUUUGCCCAAGUAUUUUUAUUUCCAGGAGGUGUUUCCCGUUCUGGCUGCAAAGCACUGCAUUAUGCAGGCCAAUGCAGAAUAUCAUCAAUCUAUCCUGGCAAAACAGCAGAAGAAAUUUGGUGAAGAAAUUGGGAGGUUGCAGCAUGCAGCAGACUUGGUGAAAACAGUGGCAUCUCGUUAUGAUGAAUAUAUAAAUGUUAAAGAUCUGGCUGACAAGAUCAACCGAGCACUUACAGCUGCUAAAAAAGACAAUGACUUCAUUUACCAUGACCGGGUUCCUGACCUGAAAGAUUUGGAGUCCAUUGGAAAAGCCAGUCUUGUGAAGUCUACUCCAGUUGUUGUUCCCCUCAGCCAGAAAUUCACUGACCUGUUUGAGAAGAUGGUUCCAUUGCAAGUUCAGCAAUCUGUGAGUGUUUAUAACCAGAGAAAGGCAGAUCUAGUAAACAGGUUAAUAGCCCAGAUGAGAGAAGCCACAAAUCUGGCAAAUGGUGUGUUGGCUUCCCUUAAUCUUCCUGCUGCUAUCGAAGAUGUGUCUGGUGAUACUGUUCCUCAGUCUAUUUUGAACAAAUCUAAGUCUGUGAUUGAACAGGGAGGAAUUCAGACUGUUGAUCAGCUGAUCAAAGAUCUGCCUGAACUGCUACAAAGGAACAAAGAAAUUUUAGAUGAAUCACUAAGAUUAUUAGAUGAAGAAGAAACUACAGACAAUGACCUGCGAACAAAAUUCAAAGAACGCUGGCAGAGAACGCCAUCCAAUGAACUCUAUAAGCCUUUAAGGGCAGAGGGAGCCAAUUACCAUAACAUUUUGAAUAAAGCUGUUCAAGCAGAUGGACAAGUGAAAGAGCGCUAUCAGUCUCACCGGGAUACGAUUGCACUUCUGUGUAAGCCAGAGGCAGAACUCAACGCAGCCAUUCCUUCUGCCAACCCAGCAAAAACAUUACAAGGAAAUGAGGUUGUUAAUGUCUUAAGAACUUUGCUGGCUAAUCUGGAUGAAGUUAAGAAGGAGAGAGAACAACUGGAAAAUGACCUGAAAUCUGUAAAUUUUGACAUGACAAGCAAAUUCCUGACUGCACUUGCGCAGGAUGGUGCUAUAAAUGAGGAGGCUAUCUCUGUGGCUGAGUUGGACAGAAUUUAUGGAAGUUACACACAGAAAGUGCAAGAGUCCCUAAAAAAGCAGGAAGAACUUCUCAAAAACAUUCAGAAUGCACAUCAGGAUUUUUCAAAGAUGAAACAAUCAAACAAUGAAUCUAAUUUAAGAGAAGAAGUUUUGAAGAACUUAGCUGUAGCAAAUGACAACUUUGUGGAACUUGUAGCCAAUUUAAAAGAAGGCACAAAGUUCUACAAUGAGCUGACAGAAAUCCUGCUGAAAUUCCAAAACAAAUGCAGUGACAUUGUCUUUGCUCGUAAGACGGAAAGAGAUGAACUGCUCAAAGAUUUGCAGCAAAGCAUUGCUAGGGAACCCAGUGCUCCCUCUGUUCCUCUGCCUACAUAUCAGACCACAGCAGCCGGAGGAAGUAAGCCUGCUGCAUCGUCAACUCCUACUCCAGCACCCAGAACCAUGGUGGGGACUAAACCACAGCCACCAGCACGGCCACCACCACCAGUGAUUUCUGCAGCAAGCAGUUCCUCUUCUACAUCAGCACCCUCUGGAACAGCUGCACCUCCUGCCCCUGCUGCCCCUGCUGCUCCUGCUCCUCCUGCUCCUCCUGCUCCUACUCCAGGAGCCAGCGCACCUGCAGCAAGCACUGCACCUUCCCAGGCACAGGGACCUCCUUACCCAACUUAUCCAGGUUACCCAGGGUAUUGCCAGAUGCCAAUGCCAAUGGGCUAUAAUCCAUACAUGUAUGGUCAGUAUAAUCUGCCAUAUGCACCCUCACCUAUGUAUCAAAACCCUGGACAAGCACCAUAUCCGGCACCUCAGCAACCUGGAUACCCUUUUCCUCAACAGCCUUAUUACCCUCAGCAAUAAUCUGCAAAGAAGCUCUGCUUGUUAAAAUUUGGGAGAAAUUGGCAAUAAGCAUACUAAAACUUUUAGCUUCAGUUAAUGUACCAUUCUGAACUGUAUGCAGUCUAUAACUCCUGUUUAUUGUUAACUGCUCAAAAAUAUCUAGAUCAGUUUUUGAUUACACUAAACACUUUGAAAGAUUUGCUGCAGUGGUUUAGACUGUAAACUAAUGCCAGAAUUAGAGCCUAAUUCAGUGGUCUGAAACUGUACACUAUGUGUUGGCUAGACCAAAAUAUUUCUUUGCAAAAAUCCUAUAAGUAACAAACGGGUUCAGAUGAGAAAAAUGAAGCAGUGUGUGUACUGGGUGUGAUAUAUUCUAUGGAACCAUAUAGCAUUUCCUUCUAUACUCUAUUGGUUUAUAUUUUUUUGAGUUUAGUUAAAAUACGCUAUUUUGUCUAAUAAUCAAGGCCUUGUAAAUCGUCAGUAAAAAAAAUAAAUUACUUAAGAAUGGUUUAAA